CAAUUGAUUGGAGGCGUUUUAAUGUUCGUCCAUGCCCUUCAUUGACCAUUGUCAUUAAUGACGCUUUUUUAGGCACUUAUUACGGUGAUCGAUCCACUGCAUCACAAGUUGAAAGCGUCGUAUUUUCUUUUGACUAUAACCGAGCUGAGCUGCUCUGA